AUGAUCCCGUGGUCGUCUUUCGUGCAGAAGGCUCAAUCGCUGAUUGACCCGGCCAACUUCAAUAUUCCUUCCCUCGGGUCCUCUGACGGCACUCCCUCCAAAGCGUCGCUGUUCCGCCAGCAAUUCCGCCUCCCCGAUUCGCAGAACCCGCUGCAAGAGAUCACCGCUGAACUCGUCCUCCCCCUACCCAACUCCUCCUCUAGCUCAGGAGAUGGCGCCCGUCGUGUCGACCGCGCGGGCAGCCGAUAUACCGGUCGUCUGCAUCUCAGUGAGCGAUUUAUCUGCUUCUCCACACAACCAACAAGCUUUAUCCCCUCGGCCACACUCAGUGCUUCGACCAAUUUUACUGGGCAGACACACGGUACCGGCCCUUCUGGAAAUGGAUUCACCCUGCCCCUGUCCUGCAUCCGUCGCGUCGAACGACUUCACAGCGCCAGCCAUGUUUUCUCACUGGCAUUGACCACUUGGAACGGUCUAUUGAACAAGCAGCAAGAACCCAAUUUCACGCCCCAGCGCCUCAUUCUUCAGCUUGUCGGUAGCAGACAAGCAUGCGAGCGAUUCUGCGAUACUCUGAAGAAAGGCCUGCGGGAGGGUAUGAAGGAAGUUGACAAUUUGAGAACGGUUGUCACGGAUUGUUACUCGGAAUACUUGCUCUCUGGAGCGAAGACCAAGGGACAACAGGAUGGUGCCGUGGAAGGAGAUGGUCGCCAGCCACCUGAUGCAGGGCUGGGUAUGCUUUUCCGCUAUCCUGGUGAUGCGCGUAAGCUUCGAGACCGGAGUAAGAUGAGACUCUGGGGUGAAUAUUUCCGAGAAAACGGUCGCAAUGCCACACUCGUUCGACAACCGACCUUUCACAAGCUGAUUCGCGUGGGUCUGCCUAACCGACUGCGUGGUGAGAUAUGGGAGCUUGCAUCGGGCUCCCUCUUUCUUCGCAUUCGCUCGCCCAAAUUAUAUGAAGAGACACUAGCCCAGUUCAAGGGUCAAGAGUCCCUUGCAAUUGACGAGAUCGAAAAGGACUUGAAUCGCAGUUUGCCUGAGUACCCAGGUUUCCAGAGCGAGGAGGGCAUUGGCCGCUUACGUCGCGUUCUCACUGCCUAUAGUUGGAUCAAUGCGGAGAUCGGUUACUGUCAAGCUAUGAACAUUGUCGUUGCCGCAUUGUUGAUUUAUAUGUCUGAGGCCCAAGCCUUCUUCCUUCUUUCGGUCCUUUGCGAUAGACUUCUCCCAGGGUAUUACUCAACUACCAUGUACGGCACCCUCUUGGAUCAAAAAGUCUUCGAAUCCCUUGUGGAGAAGACCAUGCCUGUGCUUUGGGAGCACCUCAUCAAGACUGAUGUACAGCUUUCGGUUGUUUCGCUCCCUUGGUUCCUUUCAUUGUAUAUCAACUCCAUGCCCCUUGUCUUUGCAUUCCGUGUCUUGGAUGUUUUCUUCCUCGAGGGCCCCAAGGUUCUCUUCCAGGUCGGUUUGGCCAUUCUCCGCAUCAACGGCGAAGAGCUUCUUGAUGUCCAGGAUGAUGGCUCAUUCAUUUCCGUGCUGAAAACUUAUUUCUCGCGUCUGGAUGAAUCGGCUCAUCCCAGAUCCGAGAACCCGAAGCUGCGUGCCAUUACCCGCUUCCAAGAGUUGAUGGUGGUCGCUUUCAAAGAGUUCUCUGGAAUCACCCACAGCACCAUUGAGGAACAGCGCGAGAAGCACAAGGACGCUGUUCUGGAAAAUAUCGAGAACUUUGCGAAGCGUACUUCCAUUCGCAACCUUGGACCCGAGAGCAAACGCCUUAGCGUCGACGAUCUUGGUACGAUUUACGACCGCUUCUACGAGACUCUGUAUCAAUGGCAACAACAUCAGAAGGUGGUGGAGGAAGAGAGGAGGAAACAGGAGAAAAAGAAGUCGGAACGUCUGUCGAUUCUUGGGCCGCCUCCAGACAGAGAAGUUGGCCGCGUUGGCCUCGGCCCCAGUCCAACUCAUAUGGACUAUGACGCUUUCCGGGAGUUUAUGGCUGCCACUGCCAAAUGGGCUGUAUCAGACUCCCCUGCUUCGGCCAGGAAAGAGUCGGCCUCUGGAUUCAGCAGCAUACGCAGCAACAAAUCUCUUCUAUGGGCCAACCGCAGGCAACCGGCCGAUCAUGAAUUCUUGCAACGUCUGUACCGCAAAUGGGCUACGGAUCCUGAAGAAGGAUUGAGUUUACAGAAUGUCGUGAAUGGCCUGGCCAGGCUCAAGGGAACGCCAGACAUCAUGAACAAUAUCAACUACUUCUUCAACCUGUAUGAUGAUAGUGACAACGGUCAGGUUGAUCGCGAGGGUAUUCUCAAAAUCUCCGAGGCACUUCUCUUCCUCUCUCGCCGGGGCUUUGAGGGCACUAUUCAUGCUACGCAGUCACUAGAAGACCUGAACAACCCUCGUGAUCGUGAUCAUGUGGAGCAGAAUACGCUCACCACCGAAGAGCGUUUCCUUGGCAGUGUCAGUGCAUUCAUCCGUCGCUGCUUCGAAUAUGCCGAUCCCGGUCACCCGGAGUACCACAAGGCUUCGCAACAAGAUGCCACUGCAGAAACGACGGAGAAACUGGACUCCUUCGCCAUUGGAGAUGAUGAGGAGGAUCUCAUCGAUGUCGACGACUCCAAACCCAAGGAGGCCCCCGCGCCAGAUACCGCCUCCAAGCCAAGCGCAAGCGAAUUGAAUAACAAGAAAUCUCGACCAAGAUCCGAGUCCGCGAACCCGGCUCUCGACCCCAACAACCCGCUUCACAUCACUCUUCCCACCUUCCGCAUGGUCAUCUUGGCAGACGAGCUCCUGGAACAAUUCUUCGAAUCCUACUUCCCGCAAUCCUUCCACCUGUCCGAUCACCCUCACCCCGCCUCUCUCGCGGCAUCAUCCUCAUUGUCCUCCAAUCUUACCACAUUCUCCAAUCUCGGCAGCGCCCGCCCCUCGAAUCUCACAGCCGCAGGUAACGUCUCUGUCGCCGGCGCUUCCGGGGGCAUCGUUCCACCCGGAAAAGGUCUUCGCGGCGUUCUCGACAACAUCGUCACAGACGGUAUCCGGAUGGCAGCCGAGGUCAAGAAACGCAUGGACGAAGCCCAGCGUGACCUGGAACGCAACGCCCUAGGCCGUGAAGAAGACGACGAGGAUGACGAGGAUGACGAUGAUAUCCGCCGAGAUAGCGCCUCCGCCGCCGCAAUGGCAGGAGGCAUUUCAAGCUGGGGCGCCGGUGCAUACGGCGCAGACAUGGAACGUCGCAGCGUCCGGGACGCAGACCGCGAUCUUCUCGAAGGUGCCGAGGUUGUCAGUGUCCGAGAGAAGGGCGAGAACUCCUCUCUUCUUGAUGGAAAGGAAGAAGCUGAGGCCACGGGUCCUGCGGGCAAUGCGGCGUCCUCGCAGCCAGAGUCGGAGGUUGUAAGUAAGGUUGUUGAGUUUGAGUCGUGA